AAGAACGCCCCCAAAAUCUGUUUCCAAUUUUACAGAAAUCUUUUGAAAUUUGGCACGGUAUUUAAAAGUCCGUGGAAAGAAAAAACCUUGUCCUAGCUAGAGCUUCAGUUUCCAACUACGAAGACAGGCUUGCUUCUUUUCAACGGUUUUCCCAGAUUGAGUGACCCACACUCUGGAGUCAGAAUAGCUAACUUUCAAAAACAUCUGGAAAAAUGAAGACAUGGUUAAAAAUUGUAUUUGGAGUUGCCAUCUCUGCUGUCCUUGCUUUAUUGGUGAUGUGUAUUGUUUUACGUCCUUCAAGAGUUCAUAACUCGGAAGGAAGUACAACAAAAGCGCUCACGUUGAAGGACAUUCUAAAUGGGACAUUUACUUACAAAACAUUUUUUCCUUACUGGAUUUCAGGACAAGAAUAUCUUCAUCAAUCUACAGAUAAUAAUAUCAUAUUUUAUAAUAUUGAAACAGGAGAAUCAUAUACCAUUUUGAGUAAUACCACCUUGAAAAGUGUGAAUGCUUCAAAUUAUGGCUUAUCACCCGAUCGGCAGUUUGCAUAUCUAGAAAGUGAUUAUUCAAAGCUUUGGAGAUACUCUUACACAGCAACUUACCACAUUUAUGACCUCAGGAAUGGAGAGUUUGUAAGAAGAAAUGAGCUUCCUCGUCCAAUUCAGUAUUUAUGCUGGUCGCCUGUUGGGAGUAAAUUAGCAUAUGUCUAUCAAAACAAUAUAUACUUGAAACAAAGACCAGAAGACCCUGCUUUUCAAAUAACACAUAAUGGUAGAGAAAAUCAAAUAUUUAAUGGGAUACCAGACUGGGUUUAUGAAGAGGAAAUGCUUGCUACAAAAUAUGCUCUCUGGUGGUCUCCUAAUGGAAAAUUUUUGGCAUAUGCAGAAUUUAAUGAUACAGAUAUACCAGUUAUUGCCUACUCCUAUUAUGGUGAUGAACAAUAUCCAAGAACAAUUAAUAUUCCAUACCCAAAGGCUGGGGCUAAGAACCCUGUUGUUCGUGUAUUUAUUAUUGAUACCACUUAUCCUGACCAUGUCGGUCCCAGAGAAGUACCAGUUCCAGCAAUGAUAGCUUCAAGUGACUAUUAUUUCAGUUGGCUCACAUGGGUUACUGAUGAAAGAAUAUGUUUGCAGUGGCUAAAAAGAAUCCAGAAUGUUUCAGUGUUGUCUAUAUGUGAUUUCAAGGAAAACUGGCAGAUAUGGGAUUGUCCAAAGGCCCAGGAGCAUAUAGAAGAAAGCACUACUGGAUGGGCUGGUGGAUUCUUUGUUUCAACACCAGUUUUCAGCUAUGAUGCCAUUUCAUACUACAAAAUAUUUAGCGACAAGGAUGGCUACAAACAUAUUCACUAUAUCAAAGACACUGUGGAAAAUGCUAUUCAAAUUACAAGUGGCAAGUGGGAGGCCAUAAAUAUAUUCAGAGUAACACAGGAUUCGCUGUUUUAUUCUAGCAAUGAAUUUGAAGGCUACCCUGGAAGAAGAAACAUUUACAGAAUUAGCAUUGGAAGCCAUCCUCCAACCAAGAAGUGCAUUACUUGCUAUCUGAGGAAAGAGAGGUGCCAAUAUUACACAGCAAGUUUCAGUGACUAUACCAAAUACUACGCACUCAUCUGCUAUGGCCCAGGCCUCCCCAUUUCCACCCUUCACGACGGCCGCACCGAUCAAGAAAUUAAAAUCCUGGAGGAAAACAAAGAAUUGGAAAAUGCUUUGAAAAAUAUCCAGCUGCCUAAAGAGGAAAUUCAUAAACUUGAAGUGGAUGAAAUUACUUUAUGGUACAAGAUGAUUCUUCCUCCACAAUUUGACAGAUCAAAGAAGUAUCCCUUGCUAAUUCAAGUGUAUGGUGGUCCCUGCAGCCAGAGUGUAAGAUCUGUGUUCGCUAUUAGUUGGAUCUCUUACCUUGCAAGUAAGGAAGGGGUGGUCGUGGCCUUGGUGGAUGGCCGAGGAACAGCUUUCCAAGGUGACAAGCUCCUCUAUGCAGUAUAUCGAAAGCUCGGUGUGUAUGAAGUUGACGACCAGAUCACAGCUGUCAGAAAAUUCAUAGAAAUGGGUUUCAUUGAUGAAAAAAGAAUAGCCAUAUGGGGCUGGUCUUAUGGCGGAUAUAUUUCAUCUCUGGCCCUUGCGUCGGGAACAGGUCUUUUCAAAUGUGGCAUAGCAGUGGCUCCAGUCUCCAACUGGGAAUAUUACGCAUCUAUCUACACGGAAAGAUUCAUGGGUCUUCCAACAAAGGAUGAUAAUCUGGAGCACUAUAAAAAUUCAACUGUGAUGGCAAGAGCAGAAUAUUUCAGAAAUGUAGACUAUCUUCUCAUCCACGGAACAGCAGAUGAUAAUGUGCACUUUCAAAACUCAGCACAGAUUGCUAAAGCACUGGUUAACGCACAAGUGGAUUUCCAGGCAAUGUGGUACUCAGACCAGAACCAUGGCCUGCCCGGCCUGUCCACGAAGCAUUUAUACACCCACAUGACCCACUUCCUGAAGCAAUGUUUUUCUUUGUCUGACUAAAAACAGUGCCGUUACAGCCAGCAUCACAACCUGAAUUCUUUAUAUAAAUGUCUCAUUUUACUCUUUAUGCUGUUCAUUGUUGGUAAGACAGAAAAAUGAAUUUUGUUCUAAAAGCUGAAGAAAAAAAUAGGAGGACUCAGCAGUUCUACCUACAUAGUGCUUACAUUUUCUCUGUGAAAAAGGAAAAAAUGUGAGUCCUGCGGUUUGUUUGGGACGCGGCUUUUUAUUGCCUGUUCAUUUGAGGGAGAAGAAUAAAGUCAGAAGUUAAGGGCU